GUUCUGAUACAUUCCUAGUACAUCUUUCCUCCCCCUGUGGCCUUUUCACUUCCUUCCUUCAUAACUAAGAAAACCCACUUGGGCCACUUCUCUCUCUCUCUCUCUCUCUCUCUCUCUCUCUCUCUCUCAUGCCUAUGUUAUGACCCUCCUCUGUUUCCCCCUUCUCUCUCUAAGCAUUUCAUCUUUGGUGAGGUUUAACAAUGCGGAAUGGGUUUUUGAUUUCUUGCCGUUGUUAUUGCAGAUAAGCACUUAUAGCUAAAGAAAUCUAGUAGAAAAGGGCGGGAAACUAUGAUGACGAACGGGGAUUCGUCAGAUAAGAAGAAAGCGUUGUCUCAGUUAGAUUUUACUGAUUUGGUGCUCUCAUGGUCUCUUCAAGACAUCCUCAAUGAGAAUCUCUACAAGAACGAGGUGGAGAAGAUUCCUGAAUCGUUUGAAUCGGUGGAGCAUUAUCUUGGUUCAUUUGUUUUCCCUUUAUUGGAGGAAACCCGAGCAGCAUUGUUUUCCAGUUUGGAUAGUGUUCAUGAAGCACCUUAUGCUGAGGUGAUCUCCCUUAAUGAGUCCAAGUCGUACGGAUCAUCUUUGUUUGACAUUAAAGUUGAUUACUGGAGGAACAGAUUUAAUGACCUUGGAAAGGAGCCUUACAAAACCUUGCCUGGGGAUGUUUUCGUCAUUUCUGAUGUAAAACCUGAAAGUCUGUCUGAUUUACAACGAGUUGGAAGGAUGUGGACUUUUGCAUCUGUCACUAGCAUCACCGAGGAGGAGAAUGAAGGCGAUAGUUCAUCUACCCAUUUUAAAGUCAUAGCGUCGAGAGACAUUGAAGUGAAAAAUGGGUUGAGGGAAUCGCUCUUUGUCGUUUUCUUGAUGAAUAUAACAACUAACAAAAGAGUAUGGAAUGCACUACGCAUGUUAAGGAAUCUCAAGAUCAUCAAGGAAGUUCUUUGUGCCGAUUCUUCGGUUCAAGAGGAUUGCAAACAUUGUAGUGCUUAUAAGAAGAGCCAUUUGACUGAUACAGUUGUUAGGAACCUUUUAUCUAAGCUGAAUGAAUCACAAGGAGAGGCGAUCUUGGCUUCUCUUCAUGGAAUUAAGUGUAGCCACAAGUCUACCGUGGAACUUAUAUGGGGGCCACCAGGGACGGGGAAGACGAAAACAGUUAGUGUGUUGCUUUGUACCCUUUUAAGGAUGAACUGCAGGACGCUUAUUUGUGCUCCUACAAAUAUAGCUAUAAAGGAGGUUGCUUCUAGGGUUUUAAAGUUGGUAAGGGAGUCCUCUGAAGCUGAAUCAGAAGAGGAGACUUUCUUUUGUCCUUUGGGUGAUAUUCUCUUGUUUGGGAACAAGGAGCGGCUGAAAGUUGAUUCUGAAAUUCAGGAUAUCUACCUAGAUUAUCGUGUUGAAAGGCUCGCAGAGUGUUUAGGACCACUGACUGGUUGGAGGCAUUGUUUAACAGCCAUGGUAGAUUUUCUUGAAGACUGUGUUUCUCAAUACCAGGUUUUCAUCGAAAACCAAAGAAUGAUCAAAGAAAAAGAACACAUUGAUCAAGGUGAAGGUACAAAGGCAGAAUUCAAUUCAUUUCUUGAUUUUGUGAGAGACAGAUUUAAAGUCAAUGCCUCAUCCCUGAGACAAUGUGUAUUUAGAUUAUGUACACAUUUACCAAGGAGAUUCCUUUUGGUACAUAAUCUCCAAAACAUGGAAAUUCUCAUUCACUUUCUUGGUCAUUUGGAAUCAUUGUUGUUUCAAAACAAUUUGGUUUCUGAGGAACUCGAGGAAAUCUUUUCUCAUGAUAAUGCAAGUGAUGAUAUUUAUGAAUCUUUUGGGGAUACAAGGAGAAAGUGCAUUUCUGUUCUAAAAACCCUUCGACUUUCGAUUGAAGGCCUUGAACUGCCAAGUGCCAUGAACUCAGGUUCAAUUAGGGACUUCUGUUUCCGAAUGGCAUCCUUGAUUUUCUGUACUGCCUCAAGUUCCUAUAAGCUCCAUUCAGUGAAAAUGGAACCACUGAAUUUGCUUGUCAUUGAUGAAGCAGCACAAUUGAAGGAAUGUGAAUCAACCAUACCUCUUCAACUAUCCGGUCUAGGUCAUGUUAUUCUUGUUGGUGAUGAGUGCCAACUACCAGCGAUGGUUACUAGUGAUGUCUGUAUUGAAGCUGGAUUUGGAAGAAGCUUGUUUGAAAGAUUGAGUUUGUUGGGUCAUCCGAAGCACCUUCUUAACAUGCAGUACAGGAUGCAUCCUUCAAUAAGUUCCUUUCCAAAUUCAACGUUCUAUUUCACCCAAAUCUUGGACUCUCCACAUGUGAAAAGGAAAAGUUACGGAAGGCAGUAUCUUCAAGGGUCAAUGUUUGGUCCCUAUUCUUUCAUUAAUGUUAUUGGUGGCAAAGAAGAAAAAGAUGAUGCUGAACAUAGCAGACGAAAUAUGGUUGAGGUGGCUGUGGUUGUGAAGAUAUUGCAGAAUUUAUAUAAAGAAUGGAAUGUCUCCAAAAAGAAGAUUAGUGUUGGCGUGAUAUCUCCCUACGCUGCUCAAGUUGUGGCUAUCCUUGAUAAACUUGGACGAAAAUUUGAGAAUCUUGAUGGAUUCACUGUGAAGGUGAAGUCAAUUGAUGGGUUUCAAGGCGGAGAGGAAGACAUCAUAAUAAUAUCGACAGUAAGGUCUAAUCAUGGUGGAUCUGUUGGGUUCCUUUCCAGUCGUCAAAGAGUUAAUGUUGCAUUGACCAGAGCUCGGCAUUGUCUUUGGAUCGUGGGAAAUGAAAGGACGCUAGCCAGUAGUGAAUCCAUCUGGGAAGCAUUAGUCCGUGACGCUAGGCAUCGUCAAUUGUUCUUUGGUGCUGAUGAGGAUAGCGAUAUGGCCAAAACCAUAAUAGAUGCCAAGAAAGAUCUUGAUCAGCUUGAUGAUUUGUUGAACGAAGAUAGUAUACUUUUUAAGAAUGCCAAGUGGAAGGUAUCCUUCAGUGAUAACUUCAGAAAGUCAUUUCAAAAGCUGAAAUCAACCCGCAUAAAAAAGUCAGUCAUCCAACUAUUAUUGAAGCUUUCAUGCGGUUGGAGACCAAAAAAGAAGAAUGUGAACUCAAAUUGUGAGAGCUCUUCGCAGAUCUUGAAACAAUUUAAGGUUGAAGGGCUCUAUAUUGUUUGCUCUAUAGACAUAAUAAAGGACUCGAUGUACAUCCAAGUUUUAAAGGUUUGGGAUAUAUUGCCGUUGGACGAGAUCUCGAAAUUGGCUAAACGCCUUGAUGGAAUGUUUGCUAUGUACUCUGAUGAUUUUAUCAAUUUCUGCAACCAGAAACUCUGUGAUGGUGAUAAAGAAGUUCCGAUGAGUUGGGGGCCAUCUUUUGAUAUUCCCCGGUUUAAGAGUCUUUGCAACCAUGUGCUUCACAAUGAGUCAAUUGAUGGUCUUAUUGAUGGUCGAAGUUAUUUUGAGAACUCAAAGGUGAGCGAAAGCUUGUCAUUGAUGAAAUUCUACUCUUUGUCAUCUGGUAUGGUGAACCACUUGCUAUCCGAUGACACUGGUGGAGAACUGGACCUACCAUUUGAAGUAUCAGAUGAGGAGUUAGAGAUUAUUCGGUUCCAAAAAAGCACCUUUAUACUUGGAAGGUCGGGAACUGGAAAAACUACAGUUUUGACCACAAAAUUGUUUCAGAAGGAGCAACAACACCAUUUUGCAUCUAAAGGACUUUGUGGAGCAGGGACCAAUACCAGUAUAGAAACAAGCCAAAAGAAUGAUGUUGGUGAGUGCAUUUUGGAGACCAAGGGAAGUGUCUUACGCCAACUUUUUGUGACAGUUAGUCCAAAGCUAUGCUACGCUAUCAAACAAAAUGUGACCAACCUGAAAAGGUUUGCUUGUGGGGGGAAUUUCUCUGGAGAAAACAGUUCAAUCGGGGUGGAUGAUCCAGCUCAUUUUAAGGAUAUCCCUGAUUCCUUUGUUGACAUUUCCCCUAGCAAAUAUCCCCUUGUAAUUACAUUUCACAAGUUCCUAAUGAUGCUUGAUGGGACAAUGGGAAAUUCAUACUUUGAGAGGUUCCUUGAUGCUUGGGAGUAUUCUAAGUGUGGAACUAUAGGUUCAAGAUCCGUAGCUUUGGAAACUUUUUUAAGAAUAAAGGAGGUCAACUACGAGAGGUUUUGUUCCUUUUAUUGGCCCCAUUUCAAUUGCCAGAAAACAAAGAAGCUUGAUCCUUCUAGGGUCUUCACUGAGAUAAUGUCUCAUAUAAAGGGUGGAUUGGGAGUGGGGGAGACCCAUGAAGGUAAAAUCCGUCAGGAGGAUUAUGUUAUCUUGUCUGAGUGUCGGGGGUCCACUUUGAGUAGGGAAAGGAGAGAGAGGAUAUACUCUAUCUGUCAAGAUUACGAAAAAAUGAAAAAGGAUAAUGGUGAUUUUGAUUUGGCCGAUUUCGUGAACGAUAUUCAUUAUCGACUAAGGAAUGAAAGAUUUGAAGGUGACAAAAUGGAUUUCGUAUAUGUUGAUGAAGUGCAGGAUUUGUCAGUGAGACAAAUUGCACUUUUCAAAUAUAUUUGCCGAAAUGUGGAGGAAGGCUUUGUUUUUGCUGGUGAUACAGCGCAAACUAUUGCUAGAGGAAUUGAUUUUAGGUUUGAAGAUAUAAGAAAUCUAUUCUACAGAGAGUUCAUAAUGGAAUCAAGAGGUGAUGGGUCUUCUGAAAGAAAUGAUAAAGGACUUUUGUCGAAAGUUCGCAACCUUAAACAGAAUUUUCGUACUCAUGACGGUGUUCUUAGAUUAGCACAGAGCGUAAUUGACCUUCUUUACCGGUUCUUUCAUCACGCUGUUGAUAUUUUGGAACCUGAGACAACUCUUCUCUAUGGUGAGGCUCCAAUUCUUCUUGAAUCUGGCAAUGAUGAAAAUGCAAUUAUAACUAUUUUCGGAAAGAGGGGAAACGGAAAUGGGGACAUAGUCGGUUUUGGUGCUGAGCAGGUGAUAUUAGUACGGGAUGAUUCUGCCAGGCAGGAUGUAUCCGAACAUGUUGGAAAGCAAGCUCUUGUUUUGACUGUUGUGGAGUGCAAGGGUUUAGAGUUUCAGGAUGUAUUGUUGUACAACUUUUUUGGCUCAUCACCACUGAAAAAUCAGUGGAGAGUAAUAUACGAGUUCAUGAAAGAACAAGAUUUGCUGGAUCCUGGAACUUCCUUUUCCAGUUUCAAUGAGGCAAGACACAAUGUCCUGUGUUCUGAACUGAAGCAACUCUAUGUGGCAAUUACUCGUACAAGGCAAAGAUUAUGGAUUUGUGAAAAUAUGGAGGACCUCUCCAAGCCCAUGUUUGACUAUUGGAAAAAGAAGGGCCUUGUGCAAGUAAAACAGUUGGAUGAUUCACUUGCACAAGCAAUGCAAGUUGCAAGUAGCCCCCAGGAGUGGAAGCAAAGGGGUAUCAAGCUAUUCUACGAGAAUAACUAUGUGAUGGCAAAGAUGUGCUUUGAAAGGGCAAAAGACAGAUUGUGGGAGAAAAGGGCUAGCGCUGCUUGCUGCAGAGCUUCUGCAGACCAUAUGCGUGGUUCAAAUCCUGAAGGGGCUCGCAAUGCCCUAAGGGAAGCUGCUGACAUAUAUGAUUCCAUUGGUGAUGCUGAAUCUGCUGCCCAAUGCUUUUACGAACUGGGGGAGUAUAAAAGAGCAGGAAGAAUUUAUGAAAAGUGUGGGGAAUCUGAGCUAAAAAAAGCUGGGGAAUGUUUCUCUAUGGCAGGUUGUCAUGAGAAGGCAGCUGAAGUUUAUGCUAGGGGAAAACACUUUUCAGAGUGCUUGUCAGCUUGCACGAAGGGAAAAUUACAUGACAUGGGUUUGGAAUACAUCCAAUUCUGGAAAGAGCAUGCCCCGAGAGAUAAUGUCAUGUCUAAAACAAGUAGCGAAAUUGACAGAAUUGAACAACAGUUCCUUGAGAGUUGUGCAAUGCACUCUUAUGAGCUUAAGGAUAAUAAAUUCAUGAUGAAAUUUGUUAGAUCUUUUAACUCGAUGGCUUCAAGGCGCAACUUCUUGACGCGUGUGGGUUGCCUUGACGAGCUUUUAAUGGUUGAAGAAGAAUUUGGAAACUUUUCGGAAGCUGCAGAGAUAGCAAAGUUGAGAGGAGAUACUCUACGUGAGGCUGAUUUGCUAGCAAAAGCUGGACGCUUCGAUGAAGCAUCCAUGCGUAUCUUAUGGCAUGUCUUUUCCAAAUCUUUGUGGGUAUCGGGAAGCAAAGGUUUGCCUCUAAAGCAUUUUCCACAAGAGAGUGAGAUUUUCGAGAAAGCCAAGUCAUUUGCGAAAAACAAGUCAGAUCUCUUUUAUGAGUUUGUCUGCACCGAGGUUAGCAUUUUAUCAACUGAAGAAAUGAACUUGUUCGUAUUGAACCAGUAUUUAAAUGCUUCACGUCGUAAUAAAAGCCUCAGGGGCAAAAUCUUAUGCACUAGAAGAAUUCUUGAUGUUCAUCUUCAUUCAAGUGAAUUAACGUAUGUGUGGGAGGAUGAACUACCAGCCGAUCUGAUUACGCAUUCAGAAGAAAAUGUUUUGCAUAAUCAGAUUUCAGUGGGAACCCUGGUUUGCUUUUGGAAUCUAUGGAAACAGGAGGUUGAAAAUAUCUUUGAGUACCUUACUUGUCUUGAAACCCAGGCCGUUAAUGAUGACCAUUUGAACUAUGGUGACUUUUGUUUGAAUUAUUUUGAUGUGAGGCAAUUGGACAACGUGAAUAUGAAAUUUGUUAUUUUGAACUCUGAUGCUGUUUGGGUGAGAGAAAUUAAGUACCGCUUUCUUCAGAGGAGCGGAAAUUUUGUUUCCAUUGAAGCUCGCCAUUUUGUUUAUGCUGCUAGGAAUCAUUGGCGAUCAGAAUUGCUUUCUGUUGGUCUACGGGUGUUGGAAACCCUUGAAGCACUUCGUAAGUUCUCAAGCAAGAACUCCAUUUCUGAUUUCUGCCAAAGCAUGACUCUUGUGUACAUAUUUGAGGUGACAGAGAGUCUUCUGGGAUCCAAAUAUCUUGAUUGUAAAAAACAAGAUACUCAGAAGUUGCAAAAUUUUCGCAAGCUCUCUACUGCAGCAUAUUUCAACAUUGCUUUUCCUUCAGAGUGGCGGAAAUCAUUGACCAAGGAUAUGACUUCUCUGAGGGGCAGUGCAGUUUCCUGUAAUUUACUUGAAGAGGUUAUUGUUGACAAUAUUAGCUUCACGGAUGAGCUAACCUAUGGGCAAAUUGGGAGGGUAGUGAUGAUAUGGCUUGGUUCCGGAAAGCCGACUGAAGAAGUUUACAAGAAAAUUUCUGAGAGGUUUGACUCAAAUUCACUGUGGAAAGAAUUCGUUGAUGCCCUAAAUGGGAAUGCGAAAUCUGAAUUUUUGCAGGAAUCCACAUCAGGCAUUUCAUCUGAGGUUCCAAGAGAGGUCUCUUCUGUAUAUAAGUUUCAGAGAGCUUUGGAAGAUGCUUAUAACGUCCAUUGGAGACAACGGGACUAUAUAUCACCCACUUGUUUCGUGUAUCUUGUUGAGAGGCUUUUGAUAUUGGCUUACUCCUUCCAAGGGUUCCUUUUCACCACAAAAUCUUCAUUUGUGGAGUGGCUAAUUUGUGAGCAACCACAUGCCAAACAAAGUGCUGAUGUUGCAAAUGCGAAGCGAUUUCCCACCAGCGGCAUUUUUAACUUUGUGGUAAACAUCAUCAAAGAGGUCCUUGACUGUAAGCAAGAUACAAUAGAGUGGAUUGGAAAAUCGGAUCUCAAUUUCAAGUCCUACUAUCCGUUGCUGUUGUUGAGGCUGGUUGUCAUGCUCUGCUUGCUCUGCGUGAACUGUGGGAAGUAUUACAAUUUUCUUUUUGAGGUACUGGCGAGGAAUGAUAUUACAUCGUGGCUCCCUAGGGAAUUCUAUGAUGUCUUCAGGAAAAAAAGGAAGUAUGUGAACUUGACUUUGCUUGCUGAAGCAUUCAUGAAGAUUGAGGAUCCUCUUGUUAUAGUGAGCUUGGGAGAAAAUUGUUCCAAAUUUAUAUGUCCUCAUGCCAUUUUCGUGGACUUGAGAGUUACCCACAGGAGAGAGGACAUUAUGGAAGUAUUGUUUCAGACGGACAACAAAGCCCCUCUAGAUCAAACUGUAUCUGUAUCUGUCGAGGUGGAUGCAACCAAUUCUUGUGGAAAAGAACUUUCUUCAAACAUUGAGAAAGAGAAGAUUUCCAAGGCUCCAUUUUCAAACUCAACAUCCCUCACAGAUCAGAAUGUGGAAAAUCAGAAUACAAGUGAAGGCAACCGGCAAAUGAUAUCUGGGCUCUUUGGGAAAAUAUCUGAUGCAUUGAAGGCUGUAGAUAACAUAGGACAUGGAGAUUUACAGAAUUUUUUGUCUGGUGUCUCAACGAUAAAGGUGGAGGUAGAGAAAGUUAUAAACCUCGUAACUGCUGCACUGACUGAAAAGAUGGAAUUUAACAAAGAUAAGACAGAAUUUAACGAAGAUGGAACCCCUGUUCCCAAGCCAAAGGAGGGUUGUAAUGCGCUGCUCACCCCCACCGACCUUUUUUCAGCGCUUGAAAACAUGGUUGAUGAAUUUAAGCAGCUAUCUUCUGCGCUGAAUGUGAGUGACAGUGAAGUAAAGAGAAACAUUUCAAUGAUUACCUCACUUUUGAAGAGUUUUCACACAAAGAGGCCAGAGCUGGAAACUUUGUUGAACCAGCUGUUCAUGCCAAAUGAUACAAAUUCUAACAUAGUGGCGUCAGAGACUAAUAAAUUGUCAGAAAACGAAGGCAAUCACAAGAAGGUCGAGGAAACAAGCAAAUCUGGUAAAGGCAAGGCUGUGGAGGCUACUGUUUCAGGAGCACGGAACAGUGGUCAAGACGCUCAAGCCAACAAGAGGAAGGGAAAUAACAACUCCAAAAAGGGUAAAAAUGGGAAAGGAGGCCGAAAGAAAAAAUAGGUAGACAUACUUUCUGUGGUGGUUCAAAGGUUGGGUAUAUAAUCAAUCUCUUAUUUUGGUGUUGGGGUAUAAUGCCAGCAAUCUGUAGUUCUUUGAAUACUUUUUUAUUCUGCUCAAUAGUUGUGCUGGAAGUAUUUCAAUCUAAGGGGUGCAAACAUAAUGAGGUAAAAAUUCUUGGGUAGUAUUGUGCGUUCUUUUGCACUCUGAUGUUUCUAUAAUAAGAUUGCUGGAAGUGAACUAGUGAUGCAGCAGAUGGAGUUUUGACCGGUGCACUUUUGCAG